AUGAGUAGCAUUGGCACAGGUUACGAUCUUUCUGUGACCACAUUUUCGCCGGACGGUCGAGUUUUCCAGAUCGAGUAUGCUGCAAAAGCCGUCGACAACAGCGGCACCGUCGUCGGUAUCAAAUGCAAAGACGGAAUCGUUUUGGGUGUGGAGAAGCUGAUUACUUCGAAGAUGAUGUUGCCCGGGUCGAACAGAAGAAUCCAUGCCGUCCAUCGCCAUUCCGGCAUGGCUGUUGCAGGAUUAGCUGCAGAUGGCAGGCAAAUUGUCGCACGAGCAAAAUCUGAAGCAACUAACUAUGAGAGUGUGUACGGAGAACCAAUUCCAGUAAAAGAACUUGCAGAACGUGUUGCAAGUUACGUGCAUCUAUGUACACUAUAUUGGUGGCUCAGGCCUUUUGGAAGUGGAGUAAUUCUGGGAGGUUAUGACAGGGAUGGGCCACAGCUGUACAUGGUUGAACCUUCUGGAGUUUCCUAUAGAUACUUUGGUGCCGCAAUUGGGAAGGGCAGGCAGGCUGCUAAAACCGAGAUUGAAAAAUUGAAGCUUUCUGAAAUGACCUGCCGACAAGGGGUUAUUGAGGUGGCCAAGAUAAUUUACGGAGUUCAUGACGAGGCAAAGGACAAGGCCUUCGAAUUGGAAAUGAGUUGGGUCUGUGAUGAGUCUAACCACCAGCAUCAAAAGGUUCCAGAUGAUAUCUUGGAGGAAGCCAAGGCAGCAGCUAAGGCCGCCCUCGAAGAAAUGGAUGCGGAUUAG